CACGACACAACGGGAGCAGGGGAGAGACAUCAACAACAGUGACAAUGCAGGACGGCGUGGCGGCCCACGGCCCCAGCAACGGCGCCACCGCCAAUGCCGCCGCCGCCACCUUCUACUGCGCCGCCUCCGGCGCGUACGCGAGCACGCACCCCCCGGUGCGCCUCCCCGCCGACCCCUCCCUCUCCCUCGUCCCGCACAUCUUCGCCCGCGCGCCCCCCGCCGCCGGCGCGCGCCCGGCGCUCGUCGACGCCGCCACGGGCGAGGCGCUCUCCCUCGCGGACCUCCGCCGCCUCGUCGCCGCCCUCGCCGCGGGCCUCCGCGUCCGCGCGGGGCUCCGCGCGGGCGACGCCGUCCUCCUCGCGCUCCCCAACUCCGUCGCCUUCCCCGUCGCGUUCCUCGCCGUCCUCGCCGCGGGCGGCGUCGCCACCUCCAUGAGCCCGUCCAGCACCCCCGCCGAGAUCGCCGCCAGGGUGCGGGACACCAGCCCGGCCCUCGUGCUCGCCGCGCCCGAGAACGCCGGGAGCCUCCCGCCGCUGUGCGUCCCGGUCGUCCUCGUGCCCGAGACCUUCCGCGUCGCGGGCGCCGGCGCCCCCGAGUUCGCGCCCUUCCGCGCGCUGCUGCUGCACGAUCCCGGCGUGCCGGCGGCCCCGCCGGUGGGGCAGGACGACGCGGCCGCCGUCCUCUACUCGUCGGGGACGGGCGGCCGGAGCAAGGGCGUCGUGCUCACGCACCGGAACCUCAUCGCCACGGUGGAGCUCUUCGUGCGCUUCGAGGCCUCGCAGUACGCGUCACCUGCUUGUGACAAUGUCUACCUGGCGGCGCUGCCCAUGUUCCACGUCUACGGCCUCUCGCUCUUCGCCGUGGGCCUGCUCUCGCUCGGCACCACGGUCGUCGUCAUGAAGAGGUUCGACGUGGGCGAGGCCGUCAAGGCUAUCGACAGAUUCAGGGUCACGCACUUCCCGCUCGUGCCGCCCAUCAUGGAGGCGCUGGUGCACGCGGUCCAGCCGCCGGCAUUGGAUUCCUUGGUGCAGGUGUCGAGCGGUGCAGCGCCAACCAGCGGCAGGCUCAUCAACGACUUCGUCAAGGCUUUUCCCCACGUCGAUUUCAUUCAGGGUUAUGGAAUGACAGAAUCUGCUGCUGUAGCAACUCGCGGCUUCAAUACUUCAAAGCAGAAGAAGUAUGCUUCAGUAGGACUUCUGGCUCCAAACAUGCAUGCCAGAAUUGUUGAUCUGGAAACUGGUUGCUACCUGCCUCCAGGCUCUUGUGGGGAGCUGUGGCUCCAUGGGCCAGCUAUAAUGAGAGGUUACUUGAAUGAUGAGGAUGCACACGCAGUGAAUAAUGGCUGGCUGCGAACGGGUGAUGUUGCUUACUUCGAUUCAGAUGGGUACUUGUACAUAGUGGGCCGCUUGAAGGAGGUGAUCAAGUACAAAGGAUUUCAGAUAGCUCCAGCUGACUUGGAAGCAGUUUUGGUCGAGCACCCAGAGAUUGUGGAUGUGGCUGUGACAUCUGCUGAGGAUGAGGAAGCUGGAGAGAUACCAGUAGCUUUCGUGGUGAGGAAAUCUGGAAGCAACCUUUCAUGUAUGCAAGUGAUGGAGUAUGUGGCCAAGCAGGUGUCCGCGUACAAGAAGGUGCGGAAGGUGGUGUUCGUGGAGUCGAUCCCCAGGUCGCCUGCUGGAAAGGUGCUGAGGCGGCUUCUCAAGGACUCCCUCGCCGCUGCUGGUCCGACAAGUUAUUCCAAGUCCAACCCCAAGCGCCAUUCGAGCCUGUAACCGCAGGCAGGCAGGGCCGCACGAGUCAAGCUGCGCCAGCGUUCUCAGCUUUAUUUUGAAGCUGCUGCCGUCGUGUGAAUAAAUGUUCAUUCAGGUCGCCAGUUAGCUAAGUUAAAUCCACACGGUCUGGUGGCGUGUUUGUUUUUGGAUCGGUGAGGUAACAGGAGAAAUGACGUUUCUUCUUUUAAUCCAGGUUCUUAGUUUCGUUUGUAUUAUUGUUCUGUAACAAGUUAAAUUGUGUAUACUUUGGCAUCAAAGUAGUCAUCAGGUUUAUGUUUGUAGAUUCCUCGCAAAAAAAAAAAGGUUUAUGUUUGUAGAUGGUUUCACUUAUAAUUUAAAAGUUUCGUCCAUGGUCA